AUGCCUGAGAUCUUUGUCGAGACUUUUCAGGAUCUCGGAACUUCAAUGACCGAAGAAGGCCUGGAUAUGCUAAAAUGCGACCCGAAUUAUCGCAUCUGGUUUGCCGACGCUGACACGGUCGAACUGUCAUCUAAUCUGUCUCAGCUCAAGCAAGAGAUCCAGCGUCACGAAGGCCCGGACAGUUUUCCUAGAGUAUGCGCGUUUAUAUCGGAGGCAGGGAUAUACUAUGACUCGGCUCUCAAGUAUGUUCUCCACCGAAACUUUCCGUCCAUACUGAGUCUGCUGCAGCCCAGGGUUCUUCUGGGAUUGCUGCGCAUGCGACCGUGGACCACAGUCUACGGUAGGGCCUCUCAGUAUUUCCAUUCUGAUAAGAUGCGAAGGGCAUGGACAUUUGGAUCAAUGUACUUGGGUAUGAGCCCCUACGAAGCGCCCGGUACCUAUGCUUUAUUGCAAUAUACAGAGACGGUUGACGGGAUCUGGUAUCCGCGAGGGGGGUUUCAAGCUAUUCUUCAAGCCCUCGCCGAUGUUGGCAGCAGAUUUGGCGUUCAGUAUCGGCUAAACAGCACGGUCGAGUCAAUCAUUGUCUCCAAAGACCACCCAAAGUCGGCCCAAGGGGUACGCCUUGCAUCUGGCGAUGAGUUAUACGCCGAUAUAGUUCUGGCAAACGCAGAUUUAGUAUAUGCUUAUAAUGAACUUCUUCCUCUCUCGCCUGAAGCCUGUGCCCUCAAACCCCGGUUGGCCUCGUGCAGCAGUGUCUCAUUCUUCUGGGCUAUAAACCGCAAGCUGCCACAUUUGAACGCGCACAACGUCUUUCUCGCGAACAAGUACAAGGAGAGUUCUGAUGCCAUUUUCAAACACCACAGCAUUCCCAAAGAGCCCUCCUUUUAUAUGAAUGUCCCUAGUCGUGUCGACCCUACAGCUGCGCCGGCUGGGAAAGAAUCCGUGGUUAUCUUGGUUCCAGUGGGCCAUCUCACCAGUACGUUGGCCGAUGAAACGCAGUCAUGGGAGCAAAGAAUCUCAGCCAUCAGGGACUUUGUGUUGGAGACUCUCAAGCUGCGAGCAGGACUAGAGGACUUAAGAUCCGACAUCCUAUUCGAGAGAUACGAGACCCCGGCUUCAUGGCAGUCUAAAUUCAAUUUGGACCGCGGUGCAAUCCUUGGGCUGUCACAUAGCUUCCUGAAUGUUCUCAGCUUCCGUCCAAAGACCAAGUACCCGGACAUAGAGAAUCUCUAUUUCGUCGGCGCAAGUACGCAUCCCGGCACCGGGGUUCCGAUCUGUUUAGCAGGGGGGAAGCUGGUUGCACAGCAGAUAAUAGUGAAUUACGACAAGGCCGAGAAGGGUUGGAAUUCAUCAAGCUUUCCAAUCAUCAUGGCCCUACUUACUGUCCUAGCUGUCACCAUAUCGCUCCUGGCGAAUCAUUUGUGUGGCAGCAGCUUGUCCAUAUACUUGCCUGAACACUAG